UAAUCCAUCAUGGCGGCCGCGGGGGUCGGUGUCGGUCCCUGAGCAGCGCUGGAGCCGGAGCCGGUUCCCGGGUCCUGCGGCUGAGGAGCCCCUCCACUGUCCACGGCCCCCACCUGCGGGGGGAGGCUGGGUCUCGCGGCGGAGUUCCGGGGAUGUGACUGCCUGGCGGCGGCGGCUGUAACAACGUCCGGAGCCGGGGGAGAGGUUGUCUCGGGCAGAGACCCCUGGGCUCGGGGCAGCUGAGGCGGCCGGGCCUCCUCUCCUCUCCGCCCGCCUCCCGCCUUCCCGGGCCGCGAGGGUCCUUCGUCCCGUACAGCCCUGCCCCGGCUCUGGGACACUGGGGGUGGUCUCUGUUUCCCCCAGACCUGGGACACCCCGUUUCCUGAGGCGUGGAGGAGCGACGCCCCCGAGUAAGCCGCCCGUGCCCCGCCCCGGCAGCCUCCCCCGUACCCCCCGGUCCGCCCCUCGCUCCCUCUCCCGGCCUCCAGUUUGGCCACGGAGCCCCCCCAUUCAUAUUCCCUCCCUGCUGUCAAGUGGCCUCCCCUUUCCCCCAGGUUGCUCCCGAGAGCCUCCAAUGCCCUGACUUCUUCCAAUGUCACCUACGGUCCCCUUAGUCUCAGCCCAAACAAAAACUUUAAUGCAAAGGAAAAGUCUGGACUGGUUUCACAGGCCUUUUAAAAAGCGGACUUAAAAGUUGCUGGCAGUGCAUUCCUUCUCGUCAGAGUCGAGGGCAAGCUCUCGCUGAAGUCUGGGUGACCCGUGUCCUUUUCCGGAGCGCACGGUAGAGAAGCAGGAGCGGCAGCUAGUUGGGCAGGAAAUUUGUCGGAAGAUGAAGAAACUAAGGGGGUGGGUGACUUCCACAGGAAAAGUUCUGGAGAAGCGUCCAGAGACGAUCAACAUUUCCUUUAUGUUGUGGGAAUCGAAAUGACUUUAGUGUUACUGACCCUUUGACAGCAUCCCUGUGAAUGUUUGUUUUUCUUCUUGAAAAGACAGAAACUUACUCAGCCAGUAAAAGACACUUAAACUCAAGAAACUUUUGGGUAGCACUGCAAUUACAUUACUUCAAAUUGAUAAACUGCAGAAGUAAUCGGAACUCCUGUUUACAUAUGUCAACCUAAAAACUCUGCUUCCUUUUUUUACGGAAGAUGUCUUUUUGUGAUUGACCUCAAUUACUGACUUGUGGAGAUUCGGUGAAUGUGAAAUCCCAAAUAUAUACUGUUUCUUUUUAAGCCCACUGACCAUUCUGGAAGAUCUUGAACCCUUUUCUGGAAAGGGGUGCCUAUUAUUACUUUAUGGGGCAGCAGCCUGGAAAAGUUCUUGGGGACCAGAGAAGGCCAAGUUUGCCUGCCCUGCACUUUAUCAAAGGAGCAGGGAAGAAGGAAUCAUCGAGGCAUGGGGGUCCACACUGCAAUGUUUUUGUGGAACAUGAAGCCCUUCAGAGGCCAGUAGCAUCUGACUUUGAGCCCCAAGGUCUCAGCGAAGCAGCUCGUUGGAACUCCAAGGAAAACCUUCUCGCUGGCCCCAGUGAAAAUGACCCCAACCUUUUCGUUGCACUGUAUGAUUUUGUGGCCAGUGGGGACAACACCCUAAGUAUAACUAAAGGUGAGAAGCUCCGGGUUUUAGGCUACAAUCACAAUGGGGAAUGGUGUGAAGCCCAAACCAAAAAUGGCCAAGGGUGGGUCCCAAGCAACUAUAUCACGCCAGUCAACAGUCUGGAGAAACAUUCCUGGUAUCACGGGCCCGUGUCCCGCAACGCGGCCGAAUACCUGCUGAGCAGUGGGAUCAACGGCAGCUUCUUGGUCCGGGAGAGCGAGAGCAGUCCUGGCCAGAGGUCCAUCUCGCUGAGAUACGAAGGGAGGGUGUACCACUACAGGAUCAACACUGCUUCCGAUGGCAAGGUAGGGGAUCCUAGUCGGGAGAGUUUCGUCCGUCCAGGUUGGCAGUGGAAUCCCUCUGACCGGCCCUCCUUUGCUGAAAUCCACCAAGCCUUUGAGACAAUGUUCCAGGAAUCCAGCAUAUCAGAUGAAGUGGAAAAGGAACUGGGGAAAAAAGGUGUGCGAGGGGUUGCAAGUACUUUGCUGCAGGCCCCAGAGCUGCCCACCAAGACAAGAACCUCCAGGAAAGCUGCGGAGCACAAAGACCCCACUGAUGUGCCUGAGACGCCCCACUCCAAGGGCCCAGGAGAGACCGAUCCUCUGGACCACGAGCCUCCUGUGUCUCCACUGCUCCCUCGGAAAGAACGAGGUCCCCAGGACAGCGCCCUAAAUGAAGAUGAGCGCCUUCUCCCCAAAGACAAAAAGACCAAUUUGUUCAGUGCCUUGAUCAAGAAGAAGAAGAAAACAGCCCCAACCCCCCCGAAACGCAGCAGCUCCUUCCGGGAGAUGGACGGCCAGCCCGAGCGCAAGGCGCCCAGUGAGGAAGAGGGCCGAGAAACCAGCAACGGGGCGCCAGCCCUCACGCCCUCGGACGCAGCCGAGCCAGCCAAGUCCCCAAAGCCCAGCAGCGGAGCUGGCGUCCCUAAUGGAGCCUUCCGGGAGUCAGGGGGUGCAGGCUUCCGGUCUCCCCACCUGUGGAAAAAGUCCAGUACACUGACCAGCAGCCGCCUGGCGGCCGGUGAGGAGGAGAGCGGCAGCAGCUCCGGCAAGCGCUUCCUAAGGUCCUGCUCUGCCUCCUGCGUGCCUCACGGGGCCAGGGACACAGAGUGGAGGUCUGUCACCCUGCCUCGGGACCUGCAGUCCACGGGGAGGCAGUUCGACUCGUCCACGUUUGGAGGGCACAAAAGCGAGAAGCCAGCUCUGCCUCGGAAGCGGGCAAGUGAGAACAGGUCCGAUCAGGUGACCAGAGGCACGGUGACUCCCCCACCCAGGCUGGUGAAAAAGACCGAGGAUGCAGCGGACGAGGUCUUCCGAGAUGCGGGGGAGUCCAGCCCCGGCUCCAGCCCUCCCAGUCUGACUCCGAAACUCCUCCGCAGGCAGGUCGCGGGGGCUCCUUCCUCUGGCCUCCCCCACAAGGACGAGGCCGGGAAGUCCGGUGCCUUGGGGACACCUGCCACAGCUGAGCCGGUGCCCCCCGCCAGCAGAGCCGGGCCAGGCGCGUCCGGAGGGACCGGCAAGGCCCCCACCGAGGAGCCCAGAGCGAGGAGGCACAAGCCCUCCUCUGAGUCCCCAGGGAGAGACAAGGGGAAGCUGUCCAAGCUCAAACCUGUCCCGCCGCCCCCGCCACCAGCCUCCGGUGGGAAGGCCGGGAAGCCCUCUCAGAGCCUGAGCCAGGAAGCAGCUGGGGAGGCCAGCACUGGCGGGAAAGCCAAAGCCACGGCCGUGGUCGUGGAUGCUGUGAACAGUGACACCGUCAAGCCCGGUCCGCUGGGAGAGGGCGUCAAAAAGCCCGUGCUCCCGUCCAUGCCAAAGCCCCAGUCGUCCAGCAAGCCGGCGGGGACCCCAACCAGCCCAGCUCCCUCCCCCUCCACCUUGCCAUCGGCAUCCUCCGCCCUGGCUGGGGACCAGCCAGCCUCCACUGCCUUCAUCCCUCUCAUAUCGACCCGUGUGUCGCUUCGGAAAACCCGCCAGCCUCCGGAGCGGAUCGCCAGUGGCACCAUCACCAAGGGCGUGGUCCUGGAUGGCACGGAGGCUCUGUGCCUGGCCAUCUCCAAGAACUCCGAGCAGAUGGCCAGCCACAGCGCCGUGCUAGAAGCCGGCAAGAACCUCUACACGUUCUGUGUGAGCUAUGUGGAUUCCAUCCAGCAAAUGAGGAACAAGUUCGCCUUCCGCGAGGCCAUCAACAAACUGGAGAAUAAUCUCCGGGAGCUUCAGAUCUGCCCGGCGACAGCAGGGAGUGGCCCGGCGGCCACUCAGGACUUCAGCAAACUCCUCAGCUCCGUGAAAGAGAUCAGUGACAUCGUACAGAGGUAGCAGAGGCCAGGCGUCAGGCCAGCCGGAGCCCCCUGCCGCGCGUGAGGGCUUCCCCACGCCUGCCACAGUGGCUGACACGAGACCAGUGAGUUGGGACGUUGGCCCGGGAGCACCGCGCUGGACGGAGCUGAGGGUCACGGUGGAACACAGCCCUACUACCUAUGUUUUGCUCCGGCUGUGCUCCUGCACUUUCCCCUUCCCCAGCCCGGGCUCCCGGAGCCGCCUCUGUUCCGAGUUCUGUCUGUGGAGUUCCUGCUCUGUGGACUUCUGUUGGCCCACCAGCCUCUUGCCCACGUAGUGCUUCAGGACCGAGCUCUGCGGGCCAGGUGGGAAAGCGGAUGAGCAUUUUUUUUUUCGCUUUUCUUUCCAGAGGCCCUCCUCUGGCUCUGCCUUCUCCCUACUUCCCUCAAGAACGAGUGCCCUGAACAGGAGCCUUUGCACCAAGGCCGAGGAACUGUCCCUUCCACUCACCCCAGGGAGGGGGCCUGUGCACUCCUCUUCUUGUGCUUCCUGCACUGAAGACACGUUUCCAGAACUCCAUCCUGGAAGGGGCUGCCAGCUGGUCGCUCUGCCCUCUGUUGCUGCCGGGGGGCUGGUGCCCUCACAUUUGCUCGUGUGACGGACAGCUCUUGAUUUGGGGGAUAAAACAGGGUGCUAAGACCAACCGGCCUUUGGGUCCUGGGACAGGUGGGGAAGCCGAAGAGGCCCGUGGUGUGGGAGACCGUCCUUGUCAUCCGUUCUCUCGGUUCCUUGCUGUCUUGUGACAGGCACUGCUCAUCCUGGAUGGAAAGCUUGAGUCCUAAGGGUAGCAGGGUCUCAGCCUGGCGUACCGGGGCAGGGGAGGCAGGAGGGAUGGCUAGCUGGAUGAACAGCUGGUGCCCAGGUGGCCUGGGGCUAGGCCUAGGCAGGUCUGCUUCGGGCCCAGGUCACCUUCCUUUCAGAUUUCCAGGUGCCCAGAAAAGGCACUUGCUCUUGAUUUCUGACUGAUCUCUUUCUCCUCCCUUGUACUCCUCUGAGACACAGUAGAUUCAUGCAGAGCUCUUUCUGUGUGACAAGCCAGUCCUCGGUUUUCUGGAGUUCUUGAAGCAUUCCGUGGCUCUGCCCUCAGCCCAGCCACCUCUGGUACAGCAGGACCUGCCAUGGCCACCAGCACACGGGAGGAAAGGGACUGUGGAGCCAAAGCCCCAGCCAGUGUUGGCUGUGCCCUAAGGGGCAAACGUCCUGUUGAAUCACCAUGAGCAACACUUAGUCCCCUGUUUCUGUUGGGGUUAUCAGAGAUGAAGACGACCACAAACAAAUGAAGUCCCAGAACGUGUCUCAAAGAGCAGGCCUUUGUCUCCUCUCCCCACGCGGCCCUGGACCAGGCUUGUGGGGCAGAGGCCGGACCGUCUUGAGCUUGACCUAGAGCAGCUACUGAAGAGUGGGCAGGCACGUGCCUGCGCCUCGUGCCAGGCCCAGGAACAGCCCUUGGAGAAACCAGGAGCAGCCACCUUCCACCCCCAUGCCUUCUCGUGCCGUGAGCGCACGUGGGCCCCAUUUUUAUGCUCCUCACCUAAACUUGUAUUUUAUUUCUCUGGUAGAGAUGGUUUACGCUGUCCUCACGGCGCAUCACCUCUUUGCCCACCCUCCCCCCAGGCUGCUGUGUUACACAGACUGAGGGAGGUCCUCGAACACCGCCAGAGGCCUUGCAGACAAAGCAAAACAGACCCCACCCAGCUUCUCGACUGCGUUUCCAGGAGGUACUGGUCUCUUUGUUCACAUGAUGUGCCACUAUAUUUUGCAUUUAUACCUUGGUAUUACACUCUUUUAUAGACUUGCUCUUUUAUAAAUGACAUGUAAAUAGUUUUCCACUAUUCUCCCUUCUCAAAUGCCUAUGGUGUCUUUUUUUUUUUUUUUUUGGUCCAGUACAUUUUGUUUCUGUAUAUGACUCUGUGUUUUUUGAAUCCACAUCUCUCCGUAGUAUUUUUUAAAUAAAUGUUUACAACAUUAGAACUCGG